AUGGCGGGUAUACCAACCCGGUUGAUGACCGCGUCAACCUCCUCCCUCAAUGCGACAUUCCGAGGACUAUCCUUGAACACCAGCGUGCCCACGAUAAAGCGCGGUUUCUCAACUUCUUCGUCCCUCCAGAAAGUCAAAACAAUACCCGAACACAUCCCGCCAUAUCCCUACAAACCGAACUACGUAUACAAGCAAGCCGACAGCGGUUUGUACGGCGGUGUAACGAUCAGUUUCGGCAACAAGAUCUCCAAGGGAAGAAAUAAAGGCAAAACACGACGUUCAUGGAAACCCAAUGUGCGAUGGAAGAAGCUCCCCAGUGAAGCACUGGGUGAAGAAGUCUUUGUCAAGCUUACCCGGAAGGCGUUGCGGACGAUUCGGAAAUGUGGUGGACUGGACAAUUAUUUGCUUUGCGACAAGCCAUCUAGAUUAAAGGAAUUGGGAUUGACGGGGUGGAAGUUGAGAUAUCGCAUUAUGCAGUCACCUUCAAUGAAGAAGAAAUUUGCUGAGGAGAGGGAGAAAUUGGGCAUUUCCAAGUCUCCAAACACCUUUGAAGAAUGGCUUAAGGCGAAGCAAUUGAGUGGAGUUACAUUCGCUGUGGAGGCUAUUGAAGAUGCUAGAGAAGUCACAAAGGUGUUAGAAGAGGCUUCAACCAACGAGGAGACAUUACCCGAACCGGAGACCUUGAAGGGUUCCCAGAAGCAGGAGCAGGCGCCAGUCGAAUUCUGGGGCAUGCGGGCAGAUUGA